AUGUCAUCCUGCAAGGAAUACAAGGUUGUGCACGAGGCAAAGGAUGCUGGGUUUCGUUAUGCACCUGAGCACUUUAAGAGGAGCAGGGUUGGGGAAGCUUAUAUCAAGGAUAUGAGUGAAUACGAGGCGAUGUAUAAGCGAUCGAUUGAAGAGCCGGAAAAAUUCUUUGGUGAAAAGGCCCAUGAGUUUCUAUAUUGGGACAAACCUUUUACCAAGGUGAAGUCAGGUAGCUUGGAUAGAGGAGAUACGGCGUGGUUUUUGAACGGAGAGUUGAAUGCAUCGUACAACUGUGUUGACAGACACGCUUUUGCCAAUCCAGAUAAGACAGCGAUCAUCUAUGAGGCUGACGAUGAGUCUGAGAACCGGAUUAUCACUUAUGGAGAGUUGUUGAGACAGGUGUCUGAAGUUGCAGGGGUUUUGAAAUCUUGGGGGGUGAAGAAGGGGGAUACAGUUGCGGUUUAUUUGCCUAUGAUUCCCGAGGCAGUAGUAGCGAUGUUAGCUAUUGCGCGUUUGGGUGCUAUUCAUUCUGUUAUAUUCGCUGGGUUUUCAUCUGGGUCGUUAAAGGAUAGAGUUGUGGAUGCAGGAUGCAAGGUGGUUAUCACAUGUGAUGAGGGACGGAGAGGCGGCAAGACGGUCCACACUAAAAAAAUUGUGGACGAAGGUCUACAUGGCGUAGAGAUGGUUCAGCGGAUUCUUGUCUUCCAAAGAACGGGUACCGAUGGUAUCCCAAUGAAGCCAGGUAGGGAUUACUGGUGGCACUUGGAAGCUGAAAAACACCGGGGUUACUUGCCACAUGUUCCAGUUAAUUCUGAGGAUCCAUUGUUCCUCUUAUAUACUUCUGGGUCCACGGGUUCACCCAAGGGAGUCGUUCAUACAACGGGCGGAUACUUGUUAGGCGCUGUAAUGACAACGAGAUACGUGUUUGAUAUUCAUCCAGAGGAUAUCUUGUUUACUGCUGGUGAUGUCGGCUGGAUUACUGGCCACACAUAUGCACUCUAUGGUCCAUUGGCAUUGGGAGUAGCUACCGUCAUCUUUGAGUCCACUCCCGCAUACCCAGACUACGGUAGAUAUUGGAGGAUUGUUGAACGUCACAGAGUCACACAUUUUUAUGUCGCGCCAACAGCUAUGCGGUUAAUCAAACGUGUCGGUGAGAGUGAGAUUGCAAAGUAUGACACUUCAUCACUAAGGGUUUUAGGUUCUGUGGGCGAGCCCAUCGCACCUGAUUUAUGGGAGUGGUAUAACGAAAAAGUCGGACUCAAUAAUUGUGUCAUCUGUGACACAAUGUGGCAAACUGAGUCUGGAUCUCAUUUGAUCGCUCCAUUAGCCGGCGUUAUUCCAACAAAACCAGGAUCGGCGACUGUACCAUUUUUUGGGAUUGACGCCUGCAUCAUUGACCCUGUUACAGGAGUGCAAUUAGAGGGCAAUGACGUAGAGGGUGUUCUCGCCAUCAAAUCUCCUUGGCCAUCAAUGGCUAGAUCCGUUUGGAAUAACCAUAACCGUUAUAUUGACACCUACUUGAAGCCAUACCCAGGUUACUACUUUACUGGCGAUGGUGCAGGCAGAGAUCACGACGGUUACUAUUGGAUCAGGGGAAGGGUAGAUGACGUGGUCAACGUCUCAGGACAUAGGCUAUCGACUUCGGAAAUCGAAGCAGCUUUGGUUGAACACGAGAACGUUUCUGAGGCUGCUGUGGUUGGUAUUACUGAUGAAUUAACCGGCCAAGCUGUGAUAGCUUUUGUCAGCCUGAAAGAAAAUCCGACAGAAAUGAUGUCAUCAGAUGAUACACUACCUGUGCAAAUCCCGGUCGAUAAAUUACGUCGUGAACUGAUUUUACAAGUCAGAGGAGAAAUUGGACCCUUUGCAGCCCCCAAAUCAGUAAUAGUAGUCAAAGAUUUACCUAAAACCAGAUCCGGAAAGAUCAUGCGUAGAAUAUUGAGAAAAAUAUCCUCCAAAGAAGCUGACCAGUUGGGUGACUUGUCGACGCUAGCCAACCCGGAAAUCGUGUCGACCAUUAUCUCAGCUGUAGAAGCACAAUUUUUCGCUCCAAAAAAGCUAACAAACUAA